AUGGCUACAAGGAGUAUACAAAUAAAAAUUCAUUCUUUAUCCGAAAAAAAAGGUUGCGUCGACAUCGAAAUCUCAGUCUCAGACUUUGGCAACAGUGAAAGCGCCGUCAAUGUCUCUUCGUAUACCAUUAAGGUAACCAGACCAGAGCCAGUGGCGGGAUUUGAGGAAUUACUUGCCAGACAUAUAGAAAAAUAUGCACUGCAAGAGCCGUUCGAGACGAGGUUAGCUGGGAGAGUCGAAAAUGCGAUUACAGACUAUGGAGAGGAUCUAUACAAUCAAAUACGGUUAGGCGAGCUACUGGAAAAGCUCGAGGACAUUGAUACUCUACCACCCGUAAAAAAACUCGAUCUCUGCGUUUUUGAGGAGCCUAAUAGUAUCGUUCCAACUAUUCAUUGGGAAAUAUUGGAAUUAGUUCAACUCCAGGAACUACAUCCUAACUUCGAUAUCCAUGUAUCCCGAGUGCCCACAUUAGCCUCGACAACGCCGUCAGAGAAAUUCGAGGCUAGGUGGGCCUCCAAAAAGCCAGAAGGCUUAAACAUCUUAGUUGUCGUUUCUCGACCCAAGGGCAAGCAGGAUAUUCCAUAUCGCAAUAUCACUCUCCCACUCGCCAAUAUAUCCAACGCUUUCUCUAGCCAGGUUUUAUCUGUUGAUAUAGUAAGACUGGGGACAUGGGAUGCGGUGCAGAAUGCACUAGCUGCAAAACCGUUUGGUCAUUACCAUUUUAUCCACUUCGAUGUUCACGGCUACGUCGAAAAAUCUAGAGCAUUUCUUCGCUUUGAGUCUUCAGGCUCCCUUAAUGAUGAUAUCAAACCUGAAGAUGUUGCGACUUUACUUGGCGAACACGGGGUUAAGGCAGCAAUACUGAAUUCCUGUCGAUCGGCGCAAAAGCCGGCACUAGUUGGACCGAGUAUCGCAUCAGCUCUGAUUCACCAUGGCCUAGAUUUUGUAAUCGGGAUGUCUUAUGAUAUUCACCAAGAUGCCGCCCAAUAUUUCCUAGAGGAGCUAUAUAAAGCCUUACUGGUAGGUAAUCUACCUAUUUUAGAGGCUGUAUCCCGAGGAAGAAAAGCGAUGCAGUCGGAACCAGCUCGAAGGGGAAGAUUCGGCAUCAAGGUCGACGUUCAAGAUUGGAUCAACCCAGUGUUAUAUUUGCGCUCUCCUAUAUUAGGCCAGCUACCUAUAGUCUCUAAGUCCCAUGAGCUAGUAGAAAUAGCCCGGAAUACUAGUGACUGGUGUGCUAGUUUUUUUGGCCGCGAUUAUGAUAUCGCAUGUAUCGAGAAGGCCCUUUGCAGCGGUACGGUCGCCCGGCUUCGGGGCUUUAGAGGCGCGGGGAAAUCAACCUUAGUGAAACACCUCCAGGAGUGGUGGAUUCGAUCCAACUUUGCUCAAACAAUUUUUGUAGUCGACUUCUCAGAGACCGAUUAUUUUACAGCCGAAUCCCCCAAGAUCUCUCCGACAGAGAUUUUCACUGAAAUAGACAAUAUCAUCACGGAAAGGCAACAGAGUGGUAUGAGAGAGCGGAAGUUAUACAGAAUCGGACCAAUGCCAUCAGACGCAACUUCAAAAAAUACCAUGUUAGAUGGAAAUAUCGGUGUUUCAAACAUUAUACUACGGCUUAAAGCUGCCUUUUCUCAAAGCGCUUAUAUUAUUCUGUUCAACAGUUUCGACAACGUUUCGUCUAUUCCAUACACUGGAGACUUCAGAUUCCAACCCUGGGCUAAAGAAAUGCUGGACUGGUUCAAGAACCUCGAUUGGGUGAAUUGGCAAAGCAUGGUUUUAUUCUCAUCUACCUUGGACGAGGAUUGGCUGAACAAGAUACCUGCAGUCUUAACCACCAACCGAGGCCAGAAAACUAGGAGGUUACCCGCUGAGAUAAUUGAUCUUGAAGGACUUGAUCCCGGCGCCGCUACUAGAUUCGCCGAGGGGGUUAUUAAUCUUACACCAUAUAUGGAGAACCCGGCAUCUCGCCUAUACCUCGAAAGAAUUCUUCAAUACUACCAGUACCAACCAUUAGCCCUAAAAGUUGUACUACCACAUCUUCGCGCCUCGAAUUUAAGCACCAAGCAGUAUUUUGAAAGAACUCUAUGCUCUGAGAUCGAGAUUUCACUAGAAGAUACAGGGGAGCAGAAACGUCCCUUGAUGGACAUCAUGCUAGCGUCCAUGGCCGCUUCUGGUGCAAUCCCAGUACCUAUACUAGCUGCUACAACGGCGUACUGCCCACGUAUCUACCUCCUCGAUAUCCUCAAGGGCGAUGGGCCUUUUCAGGCGGAAGAAGACCCAUCCAAGGCGUUCGAAGACGAAAUAGACACGUAUAAAGAUUUUGGACUCGUCCGCUACACAGAACCCAGCACAAAUUCCGAAAAUCCCGAUAGUAUUAACGCCGGUCAUCUCUUGAUACAUCCACUGUUCACUUCUUACAUGAGAGGAGUUGUUUCGGAGAUGAGUAACCAGGGCGGUCUCGAACCAAUCGAUAUAACUUUCGCUUACCUCGUCUACUAUCUUGCACAGCGAAGCGACGACUGGGAAGAGAUCGAUGGGUUUGGGCAUCCCGGUAGUAUUGAGAUCAAUCGAAACUGGUUCAAUAUACUCGCUGCAUUGCGAUACUGUGUCAUCAGGCCGUACGGCUGGGAUCAAAAUACCGAGCGAUUAUUUGAUUUCCUGAUGAACCGUAUUGUGGCUUAUGCUGCCUAUUAUAAACAGGACUCUUGGGACAUCAUAGCUGAGGUGGCGAUAAACGGCAUCAUUAGGGUCAUGAAACAUUUUUCUAAAUCAAAUAAUAUAGCGGAGCCUUGGUGGAUACACCUUCAUCUAUCCGACGGUGAGUCGGUGGACCAAAUUCGGAAUACCCCCAGGAAACACUUCCCACUCUGGCUUCUGGAAAGGAUGAUCAAACUUUACGCGUUCCUCCAGUUCUACGCCUACAGAAAGUUUGAUUCAAAUGGAUGGUACUACAACUCCGCAAUAAUCGGACUACUCAAUCUAAAACAAGCCCAAGGGUAUCCACACGGAGAUGGGGCGAUAUUCCUUGAGCAACAGGCAUUUAUCGCGGCCGCUGAGAUAGCACACCAAAAUAGUUCCCACUACGAAGAAGGGCUCGCAUAUCUUGCCAAAGUGGAUCUCGGGAGGGUUUCUGGGCCGAUGAGGCAACAUCUUGAGAUACGACAGCGAGAUAUUCUAGCCGAAUUAAUGGGAUUCAUUCUGGACGCCGAAUCGUACCAAGGGGAUGUGGAGGAAGAGCCCACGAGUCAUGGCGUGAUUCCUAAACAUCUGGGAGAGGAGAAACAUCUAAGCAGACCUAUGCGAGCUUUAGAAACGAGGAAAGUCUAUGAAAAGGCAUUAAGAACGAAGGAUGAGGGGGAUAUCGAAAUUGCCAAGAAAUCCAUCUACCAAGCGCUAGACUCACUUGAAGAUCCUAUUGAUCCAUAUACGAUAGUUUUACAUAGAUUCAUGGGAGAACUAUUCAGGAUUGAAAAGGACUGGAAUGCUGCGAUAAGACAACUUUGCAUUGUCCAAGAGUUUAUUAAAUUCAGCCCCGGAGCAUUUGAAGGUAUUGUUAAUGAAAAUGGUCGCGACUCGUAUCUCAUUGAGUUACACCAAGCUAUGACAAAAUGCUACAGUGAGAUGGGCGAUAAACUUAGGGCCGACAAUCAUCGAAAGAUAUCGCAAAGGAUUCACGAAGAACGAGAGAAAACCUGGACAUCUAGGGAUGCGGAGGAAGAAGCUGCUUUGAAUGUAUUUUAUUCUUUGCAAAUUGCGUUCCAAAGAGCUAAUCUGGGAGAUCCGCCUAAGGGUUGGAAGUGUUCACUGACAUAA